AUGUACGGCGUGGUGGUGACCCCGGAGGUUUCGAGCACGUUCCUCUCUAGCAUUGGCCAGCCAUCGGGCAUCCAUUGGCUCGGAUGGGAGAGCUAUAAGCGCAAAACGUAAAGCUUUGACAAGGAGGACAAGGAGUUUGGUGGUGAGGAGCAACCCAUAGUUAGCAAGCAAUCCUCCCUUCCGGCAACUUUCGGAGAGGUAGAGGAGAAUGCCGGGGUGCAGUCGAAAGAAGGUUAUUUCCACAGACUUGCGUAAUGCUGGCCCAAUUUUUGCAUCAACUCCUACCUGGAGGAAAGAGCCUAACUCGGCUUAUCCCUACCGGCCGAUCCAAUUUAACAGCACAGUAAAUCUCCUUUGGCCGUUUUUAUUGGCACUACCGCGCGCUAAUGUUGUGGGGGUCCAGCUUAGAGUAUUUCGGUCCGGGGAUGGACGGAUGUCCGUUUCUGUCUUUGUGCCACCAGCAUUACUCAGAAAGGUCAACUUAAGCAUACUUCCUACGGCAGUGGAACAAUGAACCCAGGGAUGACCUUACGCGUCGGGAGCUUCCCCGCAAAUGCUAACGAUCCCAAGGUUCUGUGGCACAUGUACAAAUUCUAUGAACCGUCCAGGAUCCCAGUGCUUAGUUCAGCUCUUGAUCAGCAAUCCACCUCGAUUAGAGAUCGGAAACCCGCCACCGCACCCAAGGUACGUACAAUAUCUCCCCACACCCUCCCAGAAGUCUAUUGUUGUGACUAGAAAACAAUAGAUCUACCCGCUAUCAUUCUUUAGAUCAGGUUUCACAUGCCCCGGGGGGUUGA